ACCACCUCACUUCUAACAUACAGCAAAAGGAGCUUCAGAGAAACAUAAUUCAUACACAAUUAUAUUAUUCUCUUGCUCUAUCUCCUCUUCUCUUCAGGUUACUUAUACACUUUAGCUCUUUGCAAUGGUUGUUCCUGUGAUCGAUUUUUCGAAACUCGAUGGCGAAGAAAGGGCUGCUACCAUGGCUCAGAUCCAUAAUGGAUGUGAAGAAUGGGGUUUCUUCCAGUUGGUGAACCAUGGGAUUCCUGAGGAGCUUCUGGAGAGAGUUAAGAAAGUGAGCUCCGACUGCUAUAAGUUCGAAAGAGAAGAAAACUUCAAGAGCUCGAAGGCGAUGACAAUGCUAAACGAGCUCGUGGAGAAGAAAGCUGGAGAAAAAUUGGAGGGGAUCGAUUGGGAAGACGUUUUUCUUCUCACUGAUGACAAUGAUUGGCCAUCAAAAAGGCCUGGAUUCAAGGAGACACUGGCAGAGUACAGAGCAGAACUGAAGAAACUUGCAGAAAAAAUGAUGGAAAUCAUGGAUGAGAAUCUAGGCCUACCAAUAGGCUACAUCAAGAAAGCCUUCAACAGUGGAAGUCAGGCCACUGAAGAAGUUAAUGACACUGCCUUCUUUGGCACUAAGGUGAGCCAUUACCCACCUUGUCCCCACCCUGAGCUCGUGACUGGCCUUCGCGCUCACACUGAUGCUGGUGGGGUGAUCCUCCUCUUCCAAGAUGACAAAGUUGGUGGCCUACAGAUGCUCAAAGACGGGGAAUGGAUCGAUGUCCAACCUGUUCCCAAUGCCAUAGUGAUCAACACUGGGGAUCAGAUCGAGGUCCUGAGCAAUGGGAAGUACAAAAGUGCCUGGCAUCGGGUUGUGGCUGCUUCCCAUGGGACUAGGAGGUCCAUUGCCUCGUUCUACAACCCGUCCUUUAAGGCCGCCAUCGCCCCAGCCCCACAGCUCGUCGAGGAGGUUAAGAAAGAGGAGGAGGUAGUGGAGGAAAGUCUUGAGAAAGGUGUUAAGUAUCCAAGGUUCUUGUUUGGGGACUACAUGUCUGUUUAUGCAGAACAGAAGUUCUUGCCUAAAGAGCCCAGGUUCCAAGCUGUUAAGGCUGUGUAAAUUUUUCAAGCACAUAACUAUUAAGUCUAUAACUGGUGGAAUAUAAAAUUCCAUCAGAAACAUCUUUGUUCUUUGAAUUGUUUUUAAGCAUCUUUACCCUCUAAUUGUGAAUUGGUGGAUGCACUUUAAGUAGUUUAUGCCAAAGACCCAAAAUGGGCUAUUGGCUUUACUUUAUUUGUGGACUAAGUAUGGUGUAGAAGAUUGUUCUGGUACAAAUCUGUGUUCUUUAGUAUUCUUAAGAUUUAAGAAGUUGGAUCAGAAUAUUGCCUAAUACAUAAUUAAGUUCUUGAUUUGGA